AUGCCACCCGUAAGAAUCAAACUAUCUAAGCGUUUUAAGAGUGCACGACGUGCACAGAAUCAAUCCCUUCAAGCCUCCACUCAGUUCCAGGACCUGGAGAUUGCACAGAUCUCGAGAGCUCUGGAGGAGACCCAUCUCUUCUCCUACCUUCAAAUGCCUGGAAAUUUGAAGGAGGCUCCUGGUGGUGAUAAACCCAAUACUCCUGAGGGUCCUCAGAGUUUCUCCGCAUCUUCCAUUGGCAUCACAGCCACUGCAUCCAGCAAAUCAAGUGAGGUCUCCAUGAAUCAAGGUGAGGAGAAUAGUCCAAGCACCUCAGAGGCUGUGCCAGAUUUCAUGAAUGUGCCUGUGGAUGCUCUCGAUAGUAAAAUAGCUAUGUUGGUGAAUGUCCUGCUGUUCAAGUAUCGAAUGAAAGAGCCAGUAACAAAAGCAGAUAUGCUCAAGGUUGUCGUCAACGAUUAUGAAGUCCACUUCCCUGAGAUCCUCCUGAGAGCCUCUGAGCGCCUAGAGAUGCUCUUUGGCCUUGAUCUGAAGGAAGUGGAUCCCACCAACCACCGCUAUGGCCUUUUCAUUAAAUCAGGCCUCACCUAUGAUGGCAUGAUGCACGGUGAAGCAGGCGUGCCCAAGACCGGCAUCCUGAUACUUAUCCUGGGUGUGAUCUUCAUGAAGGGCAACCGUGCCACCGAAGAAGAAGUUUGGGAAGUUCUGAAUGUAACCGGGCUAUAUUCUGGGAAGAAGCACUUCAUCUUUGGGGAGCCCAGGCAGCUCAUCACAGAAGAUUUCGUGAGGGAAGGAUACCUAGAGUUCCGGCAGGUGGCCAGCGCUGAUCCUAUGCAGUCUGAGUUCCUGUGGGGCCCCAGAGCUCAUGCCGAAACCACCAAGAUGAAGGUUCUGAAGUUUAUUGCCAAGGUUCAUGGGACUGACCCAAGUUCUUUCCCAUCUCAGUAUGAGGAGGCUUUGCAAGAUGAAAAAGAGAAUGCUCAGGCCAGAAUUUCAGCCAAGGGUCUCCGCCACUGCAAGUUCUAA